GGAGUUGUGCCGUCCUCCCCGGUUGGUAGUCGGGCUCCAAACCGGGGACAGUCACCCCAUGAUGAGCACAUAAGUUCUAAUGGGGAAGUCUCGCUUUCACCGGCUGUUCUUCCCUUGCCUGAAACGGACCAGCAGCUUUCGGAGGUGCCCUCUUUCAAACAGGAGUUUGAUCCUUGCGAGCGCGUGCGUGGUUUAUUUAUUGGUGGCCGUUUCACAAGUCGGAUACUCGCAGCAGCAGCAGCAGCAGCAGCGGGCCAGGAGCAUUGAGAACGACAAGUACCGGCACACCCGUGGAUUGUAUCACUUGGAUGUCCCGGACUCUGUGGAUUUGCAGACCGGAGCGGGCUUCGUGGUCCCGACGCGGUCCAACGUGGUCUACAUAACGCUUAAGCCGAAGCGCCUGAAACCGGCACACAUCCGGGGUACGAUCAGACCGAAAGCGAGGAGGAAAGUGAGGAGGAAAAAGAACGAGGCUCGUUCGGCUUUUACGCAGAACAAACGUGGCGCUAUGGAGCGGCACGCGGGCCAAACGAAGCGCGGCUCUGCAUCGACUAGUUCAGGAGGAACCGGGGGUGUUUAUUACAAAUCUUUAGACAUAAUCCCCACGGACCCACAUGCAGACUUUCACAUAAGUUCCAUACGAAUAUACAGCCAGAAGGCACCGCCGUGGCUCAGCCCACGGGACGUGAACGUCAUGCGCUUUCUGGCGGAUGCCAAAGUUUUGCGCGUCAAAGAAGUGUUUUCCGGCGGAGACUCUCCGUCACUUCUGGUAUUCGAGGGCGAGACAAGCCCCGCGAUCGACCUACCACGCACACAACGGAGCCGUGUGUGCGGGGGUCAGUGUGGAGUCGUGGGCAGACCCGUGGACACCACGGAGGUCUUUGCUUUCCAUCUGGACAGGGUGCUGGGGUUCAAUAGGACAUUACCAGCAGUAAGCAGAAGGUUCAGCUUCCUCCACGAUGGCCAGCCCUGUCCAGUGGUGUCAUGGGAUGCUUCUCUCUACCCAGAAGGCCGUGCUGCAGGCUGGUCCAGCGUGAGGUUAACGUGGGGGGAGUACCAGAGCUCCCUGAAACAGAGGUGUUGGCAUAAAAACAUCAGCCCAAAGCCGGACUCCGGCUGCUCCACCGUCCAUCACUAUGAGUGGAGUAAACUGGCUCUGUUUGACUUCCUGUUACAGAUUCACAACCGUCUGGAUCAGAGCUGCUGUGGAUUCAGGCCCAGGCAGGAGGAUGUGUGCGUGGAGCUCGGCCACAACGCUGAAUGUGGGGACCAGAGCCACAUACAACUGACACACAUCGUCCACAGGGGUCACGACCCCAGACGCCUGGUCUUCACCAACAACGAGGGCUUCUUCGACCGCAAUGAGGACAACCUGGACUACAGGCUCCUGGAAGGAAUCAAAGAGCUCCCAGAGCAGGCGGUGUCGGUGCUGAAGAACAAGAGGCUGAGGGAGAAGCUCCUCCAGUCGCUGUUCCUGGACCAGACGUACUGGGAGAGCCAGGGCGGCCGGCCGGGCAUCGACAAGCUCAUCGACGUCAUCGAGAGGCGGGCCACGGUGCUCCUCACCUACAUCAACGCUCACGGGAUCAGAGUCAUGGCGAUGAACGUGUGACGAGAGUCACGGGGCGGACAAGUGACCUCGAUAACGUGACACAGAUGAAGUAGAUUAACCACUUGAUCUUCGCUGAAUGUCGUUUAACAAGAGCACUGGAGCAUCAUCCACUUACAUUUUUCUCUAAGUGGCUCGGGGGGGGGGGGGAAAGCAAUAUCACAUCAGCUCGUGUUACAAUGUCGGUUCUUUAAUAUCAACGAUACAAGAGCAUGCGAGCAUAAUGGAGUCAAGUAAAAGUGGUCCUAAUCUUCCGGACCGUCUCAUUUCACUGUGAAACAUUGAAAGAAGAGAAUAAGAUAGAUUUUUUUUCCUUCUUCAAAUAUUCGUAAAAAAAAGAAAAAAAGAAUCACAUUGCUAAUAACAGUCUUAUUAUAAAUCGCUCACUAUCCUUUCGAAAUAGAAAGCUUCAAAUGCAGUCAUGGUAACCAGAGAUGCUUUAAAUGAACGUUUUUUAAAUAUUUAAAAUGUUUCGAGGCCGUCGUUUUCUACAGAAUAUGCUGCCGUUAUAACUUUGCUCCUCCUGAGGUCUGGCAUGACGUGUAAUUUGCUUUGCGUAUGUUUGGUGUGCCCUCAGUGAUGCUGUAAUGUGUGUGUGGCAGGAAUUACAGUAAGAUCUUAUUAAAGGCUUUCAACAUAGCGAACAAGCCACAACUCAGAUAUCUUGUGUACAGUCUUAAAACUUUUUAUUUUUAACCAAACUCCCAAGAAGUCUUCAAUAAGUUUCCAACAUGAUUAUCUCAAAGAUGUUAUUAUGGGAACAGCUUUGCAUUGUGUCUGUACUUUACUUUAUAAACUGAAGAACUUUAUGAUGAAAAGUCAGAUGGUGUUAUUUUGUUUCAUAUGCACUUUUUUUAACUUUCUUCUUUAAUUGUUGACGAUGUUUCGAGCAUCGGAAGGUCAAUAAACUCAUUUGCCAAAUAUUUCUGCUUAAUUUUAGGAAAAAGGAGCACAAUAUUCUUUUGACAUCACUUGAUUUCAGGUAAUUUGUCGGUUUGGCACUUAAAUUGUCCUAAAUGAC